AUGACUCUGAAAUCCUCCGUCGCCGCGGCACUGCUCCUUGCUCACGCCGUCUCGGCCGACUGCUCCAACAAGCUUGCCGUCAGCUACCCGCCGCCCGAGGCCGCCCCAGGCUGGUCCUUCCAGCUCGUCGCCAACGGCUUCACUAAGCCGCGCGGCCUCCAGUUCGACCCUUCCGGUGGGCUGCUGGUCGUCGACGCCGGCGCCGGCCUCGUUCAUCUGAGCCUCAAGGACGAGGGCGGCACCUGCGUCUCCGUCGCCAACAAGACGACGCUCCUCGCGAGCAAAGAGCUCAACCACGGCAUCGCCCUGACAGACGACGGCAAGACGCUGUACGCCUCGUCGGCGGAAAACGUCUACGCCUGGACGUACGACGCCUCCGCGGUCACCCUCUCCUCCACCAACCAAACCGUCGUCACCAACAUGAGCACCUCGGACCACACCACGCGCACGCUCCUCCUCUCCCGCAAGAAGCCCGGCACCCUGCUCGUCUCCCGCGGCAGCCAGUCCAACGAGGACGCCGACGCCGAGCAGCUCUCCUCCGGGCACUCCCAGAUCCGCAGCUUCGACCUCUCCUCCUCCUCCUCCACGCCGCACGACUUCCUCGACGGGCACGUCAUCGGCUGGGGCCUUCGCAACUCCGUCGGCGUCGCCGAGCACCCCAAGACCGGCGGCCUCUGGUCCGUCGAAAACUCCGUCGACCAGCUGCGCCGCAAGGGCCAGGACAUCCACCAGGACAACCCCGCCGAGGAGCUCAACUACCACGGCGUGCUGGGCAGCUCAGACGACCAGGGCGGCAACUACGGCUACCCGGUGUGCUACGCCAUCUGGAACGCGACCGACUUCCCGGACCUGGGCGCGCUCGCCACCGCCUCGCAGUUCCCGGACGACGACGCCCCCGGCAACGUCACCGAUGCCGCGUGCAACGACGCGUACGUCGCGCCGCGCCUCGCCUUCCAGGCGCACGCCGCGCCCUUGGACGUCAAGUUUGACGCCGCGGGCGGGAGCGCCUACGUGUCGUUCCACGGGAGCUGGGACAGGGACGCGCCGGUCGGGUAUCGCGUGGCGAGCGUGGCGUUUGGCGCGGAUGGGCGGCCGACGGCGGGGAGGACGAGCAUGGACGCGGCGGUGGACGUGCUGGCGACAAAGGACCUGUCGAACUGCCCGGACAAGUGCUUCCGGCCGGUCGGGCUGGCGUGGGACGCCAAGGGGAGGUUGUGGCUGUCGUCGGACAGCACGGGCGAGAUCUUCGUCUUGCAGCACGACGGAAGCUCGGGAGGCGGCAAGGACGGGAAGAGCGCCGCCGCGGGUCGCGGCAUGCCAGGUCUUGCUGCGGUGACUGCUCUGGCCCUUGCCGUUGCUGCUCUUUUAUCGUAA